CCGGAGGGAUCUGCUUUGGAGUCUUGCAGCUCAAAGCGUGGUCUCCGCCGGGCAGCAGGGCACCACUGGGAGCUGGUUAGAAUGCGGGCCCACCCCACCCGCUGAGUCAGAAUGUGCACAUCAGAGUCCGCAGGGCCUGUUUUCGCCAUUAUCUGGACCAGUGGUUCUCAGCCUUGGUUCGGUUGGAAUUGCCCAGGGUGCUUGAACACAUUCCAGCGCCGGGCCAGACCAGCUAAGUCAGAAUUCUCAGGUACGGGACCCAGAUGCUGCAAUUCUCCUCUUCAGCCAAGGUCAAGAACAAGUGCUUUAAGCUUGAGGGUGCAUGUGAAUCAUCGGGGGAUGGUAUUCAAAUGCAGGUUCUAAUUUGUGCAUCUGGGGUGGGGGAUGCUAAGAGGCCACAUUUCUAAGAAUGUCCCUGGUGAGGCCCGGGCUGCUGAUGCGAUACAUCGUUUUGAGUCAUAAGCAUUUCUUAGGCCAACUUCCCAGUUUUACCGCCCAAAGGAACUGACAGUCAGAAAGGGGAAAAUGACUUUCUCGAGACACCCCAACAUGCCUUUCAGUCAGUACUUGCCGAACACUGGCUGUGGUGUCAGGCAGUGCGCUGGGUGCUGGGGCUACAGCUGGGAAUAAGGAAGACCUGAUUCCUCCCCUUAUGUUCAGUGGGGGAGACAGAAAGCAAGUGAGUAAGUAGCUGUGCUCGUUAGAGAUCAGGAUCCCGUGGAGGGGAAUGAUGUGGCUGUUGCCGAGGGGAGGUCAGGAAGGUGGCCCACUCUGGGUGAUAGGUCUUGACUUUCAUCCAGGUCUUCUGGUGACAAAUCUGGAACGUUUCUUUACUGGCCAGGGCCAUCCUCCACCCACCCUGGGAUUCAGAGAUGAGUCUCCUGGCCCUGCUGAGAAGAUCUCACUCCAGUCCCCAGCCCUCUACCCUCCCCCAACCUGGCUUUCUCGUCCCCUCAAGACUUUCAUCCGUGGGUGUUUGUGACUCAGGGUGGAGCCUGGGGAAGGCCCCUGGGAGCAGAGUGUUGACUCUGUAAUGGGACAGGAUUCAGGCUAAUCUAUUUCUGAUCUGUAACAGAAGCUGGACAUUGUCCAGAUGUGGUUCCCACCCUGGAAAAAUAAUUUGAGAUGUUUCAUUUAUCCCCAAGCGAGCACAAACCCUAGUGCUUCCUUCUGUUUUCUGAGCCAUCAAAAGAGUCACGUGGGCUGCUUGCGAAAAUACCCGGCCCAGGUCUCCCCCCUGGCUGGCUGAAGCAAUCACAGGCCAGGGCCCUGCAACCUGUAUUUUUAGUCCGUGCUCAAGGGAUUCCUACGAUCCAGAUCACUGGGGAACUGGGAAGGGAUAGAAGAAACUGGCGCUGUCUUGUGCCUCUUUGUGUGGCCUUGGGAGCUGCAGAAAUUUCUCCCUGGGUGACUGAGACACAUGGCCCUUGGCUGGAUUUGUGAUCGUGGGGACCUCUCUGUUUCUGUGCCUGUAGCAGCUCCUCCCCUCCCACAGCCCUGUCCUUACUAGGGGGGUUUUGUGCAUCCUCUCCAUCUCCCCCUGGAGGUCUGGCUCCUUGUCUAGGAUGGGGAAGUAAAAACUGGAGACAGAAAAGGAGAGGAGGUGGAAGGAGCUCCAGUCAGAGCUUCCGGGGGCCAACAUCCCAGGCAGCCCCUGCCACCACUCAGGGCAUGUAGGUCCCAAGGCUGACCUCUCCUCUUUUUGACCCAUCAGACCUUCCCCAUUCCCCUGCUCCCAUCCAAACAGCCUGCCCACAGUGAGUUUCCCCCAUGCACCUGGGCGUGAGGGCUUGGACACUAUUUGCAUGCAGCCAGAGUCUACAAGGGCUGGAGGAGGCCUCAUGGAGCAUCUGGGUCCCACCCUGGCCCUGGAGUCUGGCCUGAGCAGACCUAUAUGGGUGGAGUCGUGAGAGGUUGAUGAUAGAGAGCUGGGCGGCUGCCAGAACCUAGGGAAGGCCUUGGAUAGGAGAGAACAGUUAACUGCAGUUUGUCCAGUGUGAAUCACCCUUUUAGACAGCUAGCUGAACGUCCAUGGAGAAAAUGGGCGGAGAUGUGUCUGUCUCCCAGAGCUGGCCCUUCUUAGGUCAGAACGAGGGAGAGGACAGGGAGGGGAAGCUGGAGGAGGCUGGUCUGGCAUGGGACCGAAUCCAUGAGGGGUGGCCCGAGGCAGCCGGGAUGACAGCUCUCCCCAGGAACCCUGCUACUUGAGAAACAUGAUCAGCAAGUGCCGCUGGAAGCUCCUAGCCAUGUUGGCUUUCGUCCUGGUGGUCAUGGUAUGGUACUCCAUCUCCCGAGAAGACAGAUACAUUGAGCUUUUUUAUUUUCCCAUCCUAGAGAAGAAGGAGCCAUGCCUCCAGGGGGAGGCGGAGAGGAAGGUCUCCAAGCUCUUUGGCAACUACUCCCAAGAACAGCCCAUCUUCCUGCAACUUAAGGAUUACUUCUGGGUCAAGACGCCAUCUGCUUACGAGCUGCCCUACGGGACCAAGGGGAGUGAAGACCUGCUUCUCCGGGUGCUGGCCAUCACCAGCUAUUCCAUUCCAGAGAGCAUCCAGAGGCUCAAGUGCCGCCGCUGCGUGGUGGUGGGGAAUGGGCAUCGGCUGCGCAACAGCUUGCUGGGAGAGGCCAUCAACAAGUACGACGUGGUCAUCAGGCUAAACAAUGCCCCGGUGGCUGGCUACGAGGGUGACGUGGGCUCUAAGACCACCAUGCGUCUCUUCUACCCUGAAUCUGCCCACUUCAACCCCAAAGUGGAGGACAACCCGGACACACUCCUCGUCCUGGUAGCUUUCAAGGCCAUGGACUUCCACUGGAUUGAGAGCAUCUUGAGUGACAAGAAGCGGGUUCGAAAGGGUUUCUGGAAACAGCCUCCCCUCAUCUGGGACGUCAACCCCAAACAGAUUCGAAUUCUCAACCCCUUCUUCAUGGAGAUUGCAGCUGACAAACUGCUAAGGCUGCCGAUGCAACAGCCACACAAGAUUAAGCAGAAGCCCACCACGGGCCUGCUGGCCAUCACCCUGGCCCUCCACCUGUGUGACCUGGUGCACAUUGCUGGCUUCGGCUACCCAGAUGCCCAAAACAAGAAGGAGUCCAUUCACUACUAUGAGCAAAUCACCAUCAAGUCCAUGGCGUGGUCAGGCCACAAUGUCUCCCAAGAGGCCCUGGCCAUCAAGCGGAUGCUGGAAAUCGGAGCGGUCAAGAACCUCACAUACUUCUGACUUGGACAGGAGCUGAAUCCGUCCGUCUGCUCACCCUGCUGAGCAGCCCCCAUCCAUGGCUGUGGGGGUGCCUGGGGCCGGCAUGACCCACUUGGACUCACCCUUCCCUGUGUGGGGAGGAGGCCAGGUCGGCGAUGAGGCCGUGGCCCUGGCUGCUCUGGUGGAGGCCAGAGUCAGUCAGGGUGGAGGCCCUGGGGCUGCAGGAGCCCGGCCAAGGCACAGGGCUAGUUGCCGUGGCCCCCUCUCUCUGCCAGCACCAGGAGAUUAUUUAAUGGGGCUAUUUAAUUAAGGGGUAGGAAAGUGCUGUGGGCUGGUCCCAUGGCAUUCAGAAAAGGGGGCAUAUUACAGUGUUCUGCCCACUUUUUAUAAAAACAGAAGUGAUGGACCCAUCACGGGGCCUAGACCCAGAGCAGGCAUCCCCAGGAGGAGGGGUGUCUGGAGUGGGUGGUCACCUCCUGAGAGGGGCUGCUCUGUCCCAGCAGGCAUGGGAAGAGCACUGGCACAGGGAUUCCAUGGAGGAGGGGACCUAAAAGAUAUUACGUUUAUCAUUAAACUAUUUUUCCUAAAACAGAAGCAGCUAUAAUGAUACCCUGUGUCCUUUCAGAUUGAAGAAGACAUGGACGGAAAGUGAGACUCAGCCGUGGGCCCCUCGCUGGGCAGUGGACAGGCUUGUUAAAUACUCAGGGGGACCCAGAGCGGGCCGGGGUUAUUCAGAAAAUAAUUACUAACAGAGUAGAGUGCUAGGUUGGUGUCAGGUCAUGCACUGUCACCUUAGUGGAGCUGGCAAGCAAGCGGUCCCGUCUGUGGAACACCUAGCCUGACAUCUGCAUCCUGGUUUACUUCUCAGAGGAAGAGAGGGGCAGAAGGGGGCCAGGUGGGAGUUCCAGAACCCUCUUCCACCUCCCUUCCUCUCCCUCGCCAGCCUUGUUUCCAAAAUCUCAUGCUUGGAGGUGUGUGUUUGAGGACAUGGGUGUAGACAGGCAAAGCCAAAUUUCCCUUCUCAGAUUAAAUGGGAGUCAUAAAAUGGAGUUAACAGAAAGUCCUGCCAGUGGCCCAGGCAGCCAGAUUUGGGAUGGGCAGGGCACGGGCAGCAUCUGAGGGACUGGCAAGACUUCCUCCCCCUGCCCCCCUCCCCCAGGUCUCUAAAAGUGUGAUAACCCCAUUGUUUGCCGGGUCUCCACCCCACUUUGUUCCCCCUCUUCCCAGGCCCUGCUUAGCCGCCAACUGGGCUUCCCGCCACUCUCACAGCUGUUCCUUUACAUCUGGAGCCAGGAAGGAGAGCUGGACUUCCCCCAGAGGGAAAGGACUCACAGCUGUGUUCUUGGCUUUCUCAGAAAGAGUUGAGCUUUGAGGUUUUGAAUAGUUAGGCUGGGACAGGACGGAUAAGGCGGGGCAGAGGUUUGGGAGGAACAGAGGAAGAGGGCACCCUUCUCAACAAGGUGUCGGAGUGGCCUUGACAACACCCAUCCUCACUCCAUAGAAUGGUCCUGAGGCUCAUCGCGGCAAACUGCCUGCACUGUCAGAAGUCUGGCAGAACCACUUGGCUAGCUGCUCUUUCCGGGGGGGAAGGCCUGGGUGGGGGUAGGUGGAUUCUGAAAACAAAUAGGGCUGCAGCCCCAAGACUCUUCCAUCCACACACGCAAGCUUCGUGUCCCAGGCUUUGUCCUGGUGACCGGGCUGACUCUGAUGGGUAUGUUGAGUGUGUCGGGGGAUCUCAGCUCUGCUGAUUCUUGGUGCUUCUCCAGCUGCUUCUCGUGAGGAUAUGCAAGGGAGUGUCCAUUUCCCCCAUCCAGGCCAUUGAAAGUGGCUGUCAGCACAUAUGAUCCAGCUGUCCUGGACUGGGGCCACUGCCUGUUACUGGAUGUGCCUAAACUUGCGCCAGAAUCCAAACAUACCCACCCCCCAUCCCCAAACUCCACACACACUUGUAGACCUGGGAGCAUUUUACAUUCAUGCCACACUCAGGCAGCCCUUCACAAUUACAGGAGUGUGUAUUGGGAGGGGGUGUCUACCCCCAAACUGGCCAUUGUUCCCUGGGGGUGGGUUCACCUUUCUCCGGGUACUCUGACCCCUAGGCAGAUGGAAGGCAGUACGCUCAAGAUCAGAGCAGGCAGUGGAACUUGGAUGUGAGUUGCUGGAUGGGGCUCUUUGGUGUUCUGAGAAAGGGACUUUCAUUCUUCAGUUAGCCUGACCAAUGCGAAUGAACCGCCUGCCAGCCAGCCUUUCUGGUCCUGAUUAAGCCAUGCCCCAGAAAGGAGGCAGAGGAGGAAGCAGGGCACAGCAGGGAAGGCACUUAAGUUCAAAUCCACAAACUGGGUCCUACUCCGGGCUCUGCCACUUAAUUCUGUAGGGCCUUGGGCUGAUCACUUCUCCAUGUCUCGGCUCCAACUCCUACAUUCCUUGAAACAAGAGGGCGGGUCCGGCCAAUGAGGACCACCUACCCCGGAAUUAUCUGGGCGUGAUUUGAGAAUGGAGAAUCUUGGGUUUUACCCAAGCCGCUGGGGAUGAGGCCCAGGAAUCUGGCAUUUUAACAAGCUCCCGCAACCACUGCUCUAGUCGUCUAGACUACAGGAUGAUCUCACGGGCCUCCACUAACUCAACCGUCUGCGUGCAAAGCCCAUCCUAAUCCCUGAUGCCCUUGAGCCGCGUUAAUUAGGCGCACGCGCAGUUUUCUCCCGCGGGCGGAGGUGGCGGGGGGGAGGGGGCAGCAGAGGCUGGGGCGCGCAUGCGUCCUCCGUGCGGCGCGGAUCUGGCCGCGGAGGAGCUGAGCUUUUCCCGCAGUCAGCCGGAAGGCCUCUCGAGGUGCUGAGAGGUUGGCGCCUCCUUGGCAACUGGUUCCCGUCCUGGCAACAGCCAUAGAGUUCGCGCCAGUCUCCCCGGUUUGCUGCGUGCCUGUUUUCUCAGCCGAUGUCUCCCUGGGCUCUUCAGAACUCAGGCUGGGUUGGUUCACGUGACCUACGUUGACUUCCCUGCAGGGGCGGGAGUGAAACUGCCUAGGGCUGCGAUGGAGCAAAGGAGAUCUGCUGCAUCCAGUCUAGGCUCUGAAGUCCCAUCUCUCCUUUGCAGAGACCCAGAGAAGGGAAGGGGCUCCCAGCUCGACCGCCUAGCUGGGUAAGACAGUGUUUAGGUCGUUAUCUAGACCAGCAAGACAUUGAAAUGAUCUAUAUUCAUUCAAAGUGGUGUGCCUUAAUUUGGAACACUUCCGGUGUUUGUUUACACUUUUUCGAGGACGUGAGUACAGCCAAUUGCCUUCCCCCCUGAGACUGGCCAGCCUACGAAAAGCUUGUGCUUGGAAGCAGUCAGUGAGGCAGUAAGGUUUAAGCUCUUGCACAAGCGUCCUCUGUCAUAUGAUCUGUAAAACAGUGAUUACGUUGGUCUGUCUCACAAUGAGGUUUUAAGGAUCUAGUGGGAAUAUGUCUGGAGAAAGUGUGUAGCCUGUAAAGUAUGAUCUAAAUAUUGGAUUGGAAAGAUGCCUGGCAUGAUGGAAAAUACUGAAAGCGUAUGGAACAGGUGAGGCACAUCUGGAGAGCCAGACUUAUGCCCAGGUACAGCUAGUUACAGAAAAGUCUUGGUCUUCAAGUCACUCACAAGCUAAGUAGGGUAAGACAUUGGUGAGGGGGCUCAAAUGCAGGCUUUGCAGAAUCCAGUAAUGAACUGAGUUCAAAGGGUUCUCUGGCAGUGGUUUUCAAGUUGAGGUUAGAUGUCCUUAGGGGUUUUUGGACAAUGAGGUUUCUUGGUGGCAUUAUCCAUUUCCUUGCCAUGCAACAUACCAGGGUAGGUUCCUAACUAAGAUACACCCUCAGAAUUGGUAAUCUCUCUCCUAACCCAUAUGACCAUUUUGAUAUCUUUUUUUUUCUUUUUUUUUUUUUUUUGCAUUUUAGGUCCACACCCACAGCAUAUGGAGGUUCCCAGGCUUUGAAUCAGGGCUACAGCUGCCGGCCUAUACCACAGCCACAGCAGUGCCAAAUACAAGCCACAUCUUCGACCUAUACCACAGCUCAGGGCAAUGCCGGGUUCUUAACCCACUGAGCAGAGCCAGGGAUCGAACCUGAAACCUCAUGGUUCCUAGUCAAACUCAUUUCCGCUGCACCACGAUGAGAACUCCCCAUUUUGAUAUCUCAAUUAGAGCUUCAGAAAACUGUUUGUCAACAAGGACUCACUAUAGAGCACAGGGAACUAUCCGUUUUGUAAUAACCUAUAAGGGAAGAGAAUCUGAAAAAGAAUAUGUAUAACUGAAUCACAUUGCACUAUACACACAGCAUGGUAAGUUAACUAUACUUCAACUAGAAAAACCCAAACAAACCUAUUUAUCAGUUUUGAGCAUUUCCAUGGUUUUACAUCAGACUUGUUUCCAGGAAAUCUUUCCAACUUCAAAUUUGUUUAAGGAGGAUCUGUGUAUGUAUACAUCAGUAGUUAUUAACCCAUUUUCCUGUCCAGUUCUUUCUCAACAAGCUUAUCUCUCUCAUUAAAGUUCAUGGGAAUCCUGCACCUGAGAAAUGAGGCGGGGAGAUGAACCUUGGGUCUGGUUAGAUGUCAGACUUGGGGAAGCCCCUGUGUAUUGGAGGGUUUCACCUCUUCAAGUACAGGGAUUGCAGGGAGCUGCGAACAGGUUGGGGAGACCAUGGUCUCCUCUAGGAGGGUUAACACAGAGGAUUGGCCAACGUUUUCAGGGGCAACUAAAUUUAGGGAGCCAGAUUUCAGGUUCCCAAGGAAGACUGACAAUGUAAAGGACUGCACCCCUCAAGGAAGGCACUGCUUCCUCUCAAUCUUGCAAGGCUGGGAGGGAAAUUGCCCCAGGGGAUCGAAGUUGAACUGAGCUGUUCCAGAACCGCCUAAACACUAUUUAGUUUUUGAAAACACUAUUUACAAACGUCACCAACUUUAACACUUAAGGAGUGUCUUCACUUGCUUAAAAAUGCAUUUCUCUCCUGAAGAAAAAUAUCACAAGAGGACAAGUUACAGUCUGGUAGGGAGACUCUCUCCAGUUUUGGCCUUUUUCGCUGUAGAUCUGUGUUCCCCUUGUAACCCUGCAUGGCAAGAGAGCUAGAGAAGCUUUUUUUUUUUUUUUUUUUUUUUUGUCUUUUAUCUUUUUAGGGCCACACCCACGGCCUGUGGAGGUUCCCUGGCUAGGGGUCUAAUUGGAGCUGUGGCGACCAGCCUAUGCCACAGCCACAGCAACAGUAACACCAGAUCCAAGCUGCAUCUACAACCUACCUCACAGCUCAUGGCAACGCCAGAUCCUUAACCCACUGAGCGAGGCCAGGGAUUGAACCCACAACCUCAUGGUUCCUAGUCGGAUUUGUUUCCACUGUGCCACAGUGGGAACUCCUAGAGAAGCUUUUAAACAAAAGUCAGAUUGGAAAUUGUUUUCUGAAACUCUGCUGUAGAAGUCCUGAAUCUUUAUUGGUAUCACUUUAUCUCUAAUGCCUUCUUCAUUCAAGUAUUUCUCCCAGGAGCAACACCUACUAGUGUCAUGAAUUUGUUUUUCAGUCCUUGGGAAGCCAGGCCCUAGCCUUUCAAUUUCUUCAUAAAGGUGGUGUAAAGAUGGUAUCUUUCUCUUUUUUUUUGGCUGUGCCCCGUGGCGUAGGGAAGUUUUGGAGCCAGGGAUCGAACCUGAACCACAGCCGUAACCAGAGCCACAGCAAUGACAAUGCUGUAUCCUUAAGCUGCUGAGCCCUGAGGGAACUCCAUUAAGGUGCUAUCUUGAACUUAGUCCGCUUGAACUUGUCUUUGCCUAACCGAGGGUGACCCACAGGGGAACAUAUCUCUAUAUUCAGCACCUAUCCUGAGUAGCACUUUUUCUCUUGCACAACGGCGAGUAGAUUUCAGAGACGGUCCAUUGAAUAAGACCCCAGCUCUUCCACCAAAGUCCUGUUUCCUGAGACUACUUUCCUGUCUUUGAACAUUAAUGCUUGGAGAUUCACCACAAAGAAGAGAGCUCUAAAGGAGCACGGUGAGAGUGCUCUCAUAGCAUUCCAAGACAUUUCAAGGGCCAUCAGGUGAGGAACAGCAGAAAAAGAUGCCUUUGUGUGACUGGGGCUCCCUAAUCAAAAGGGAGGCCUUGGGCUCAGGGAUUGAGGCUGUCCCAGCCCUGUGGGUGGGCCCGGCAGACUGUCCUACAGAGGAGCUCUGGGAACCUGGAAUGGCAGGCAGAUACGGGCACCAGGGAUGUGAAUGGCACGUGUUCACAAAAGGCUUUUUAAAGAUGAGGGCUGUGAUAGAAGUGAAAACUUCAAGGCCUGUGGCAUGAAACCUUGCAGAGUGUGUCCAAGACUUUGUCGAUAAGGAGGAGGGGGAGACAGACCCAGGAAGGACAACAGUUAGAGAGAGAAAGUGUGGAUGGCCUCCCCCCCGCUACCCCCGGACAGCACACAUGUAUUCAGCCAGGAAGACACAUCCUUGUUUUUAGAAAGAAGGAUAGCUUGGGGUUUUCUCAUUUCUCCCAGUUUAUGACCUAGUUAGGAAGAUGGAAACAGAGGGGGUUGGAGAAAAGAUGAGUGGAGACUUGCUGGGCAUGAGAAGUAAUUGUCAGAGCGAGGGAGGGUUUUAUCAGUGACUCUUAGAGGCUGCUUGUAUUUUGGAUGCUGAAGCUACGAAUGGCUGGUAUGUGGUUACAUCUCCUAAAAACUAUUUCCACACGAGGCUUCUAAGGGGCUUUUAAAAUUAUGAUUAUUAUUUUUUAAUGGCCGCACCCUCGGCAUAUGGAAGUUCCCAGGCCAGGGACUGAAUCUGAGCCACAGCUGUGACCUACAACAGCAAUGCUGGAUCUUUAACCCACUUCGCUAAGCCAGGGAUUGAACCGCAGCAGUCAGAUUCUUAACCCACUGCACCACAGCAGGAACUGCUAAAAGACUUUUUUAAAGGGGAAAUAAACAGGCACCCCAAGUGGCAUUUUAAAUAAAAAUUGAUAUGUAAAUUAAGAUAGUUUUUAUUUAAAUAUUUAUACUUUUAUUUUAAUAAAGAGUUUAUUUUAUAGGGAAACUUCCUAGAGAGGAACUAAUCACAGGGCUCCCCCUUGUCUUUUUUUUCUGGUGCCAUCAGAAACCGCAAUGGAUUCCUGGGAAGGGCUGAUGGAGCUGGUGGAGUGUGUAUCUUGCCAUUUCAAUUCUGAUCCCAUAAUAGCAAACACCAUGCGUCAUGUGUGACCCUCCCCAUGUAGGAAGUGAGAAAUGGAAUCCCCACUGAUUCCUUUUCUCUUGUCUGAGAAAUCUUCCAGGGCCGAAUUACGUUUGCUCGGGUUUUUUAUUUUUAGGGCUGCACCCGUGGCAUAUGGAGAUUCCCAGGUUAGGGGUCAAAUGGGAGCAAUAGCUUUCAGCCUAUGCUACAGCCACAGCAACAUCAGGUCCAAGCCAUGUCUUCGACCUACACCAUAGUUCAUGGCAACGCCAGAUCCUUAACCCACUGAGCAAAGCCAGGGAUCAAACCCACAACCUCAUGGUUCCUAGUCAGAUUCGUUUCUGCUGCGCCACGACGGGAGCUCCACGUUUGCUGUUACUUCUCCUGUUCCUCUCCACUCUGGUAACUCAAAGGCAGCUUCAAGACCUAUUCCUUCAGAGCACUUGUCUUAAUAGUCUCCAUCAGAGAUGGGUUUGUUGUGGUGCUCCAGGGCUUGGUGUGAGACCAUUUCCUAUUCCAUGAACGCUGAAGACAUAGUGGAAAUAAUCCUGGCCUUUCCAGCCUGAUAGCGAGCCUGAGAGUUAGAAACUGGGCUCCCAUCCAAUCAUUCAGAGCCAAUGACAAAUUGUAAAGCUAUCAGAAAACUGGAUCCUGGCCUUGGGAUGGGUGGGGUGAUUCACAGACAAGCUUUCCCAGGGAAUUGUGGUCGUCCCAGGUCAUUUGGGGACUGGAGGGGGAGGAUGCCAGGCCUGCCCUCCUACUGCAGUUGUGGCCUGUUCUUGCUCAGCCUGUCCCCGAGUGGGUCCUAGUUCAUGGCCCUUUCACAUUGGCCAUUUUCAUCGCAUUCUAGGAUGAAAGCGGCCUUGGGUUUGCAGUGGAGGAAGGAAACAUUUCAAAGGAAAGCAUGUGUGUUUAAGUCUUUGUGCUUAUUGUCUGUUAGCUCUGUGACCUUGGUCUUGUGGCUUCUUUCAGCCUCACUCUCCUGUCUGUAAAAUGCUGAUACUUUGUAGAAUUGUGAGAAUUAAAUAAGAUUACCAUUG